CUCCGUCUCGCAAAUCGUUUCGAGAAAUGGUCCCGUUUUGCCGUGGGUUUAGAGUGGAAUGUCGAGGAAUCCGCCCCCACAGACGGCUUUCCUCGAGCUUUCACCUCAUCCAACGGUGCACUUGGCAUUUCGUGCAAUGUCCAGCUUUGCUAUGUCUCGUUCUUUGCAGGAAUUGGAGAAGGAGGCAGCAGACGUCAAGGUUGUGCCAGUGAAUCUCAAGGAUGCGGCGCCAGUCCUCUCAAAGCAGGCCUUCGAAGAAGACAUUCUCUUCGAGGAGGGGUCUAUCGAUGCCGUGUACCAGGCAAAAGCCCGUGUCCUGAGCUCUGCAAUCCGCGAGAUUGGAAUGGGCAGGUACCAGUGGUAUCUGUUCAUUGUGGCUGGCUUCGGAUGGUUCUCUCAUAACGUGGACUGCAGUGACAGCGUCUGGCCGCUCGUUGCGAGUCUCAUUCUGAAUCCGGUCGUGAGCGAAUUCGACGUUGAAAGCUCGUGGCUUUCCUUGGCGCUGAACAUCGGCUUGUUCGUGGGCGCGGUAAUCUGGGCCCUGGGCUGUGAUAUUUGGGGACGGCGCUGGCCUUUCAACUUCACUCUUCUGAUCGCCGGCGUAUUCGGUCUGGCUGCGGGAGGGUCGAACGAUUUUGUAACUCUCGCGUCUUUGUUCGCUGUGGUUGGUUUCGGGGUGGGUGGCAAUAUGCCCGUGGAUUCUGCCGUUUUCUUAGAUUUUGUACCAGGAACCCAUCAAUACCUAUUGACGGUCCUGUCCAUAUGGUGGUCCGUCGGGCAGUUGAUCACCUGUCUGAUUGCAUGGCCAAUCAUAUCCAACUUCUCCUGCCCCGAGGACUCCACGACGUGCACACGCACCGACAACAUGGGCUGGCGCUAUCUGCUGUUCGCGCUGGGGGGCCUGACGCUCCUUCUGUGGGCCGUGCGCUUCUUCGCGUUCCAUCUCGAGGAGAGCCCGCGAUUCCUGGUGGGCCGCGGGCGGGAUGCUGAGGCUGUCGCUGUGGUUCAUAGGAUCGCGACGUACAACGGUCAUACGUCCAGUCUCACCGUAGAACAAUUAACGAGCGCUGGGGAGAAGGCGUCUAAGGAUGCCGCGAGUGCUGCUCCCGGCCGAAGGGUGCUGAGCGAGGGUUCCUCUUGGAGCACCCACCAUAUCAAGAACCUCUUCAAGACGGCGAGACUGGCAUGGUCGACCAGUCUGCUGAUUGCACUCUGGGGAAUCAUUGGCCUGGCGUCUACUCUGUAUAACAGCUUCCUGCCAUAUUUGCUCGCGCAUCGUGGGGCGAAGUUCGGGGACAGCUCCUACUAUACCACGUACCGCGAGGAAGUCAUCCUAGGUGCCAUCGGCGUUCCCAGUGCAUUCGUCGCUGGCUGGGCUGUAGAACAGCCGUACAUGGGACGUAAGGGGACCUUGGCGGCCUCUGCGGGGCUCACUGGUAUCUUCCUCUUCGCGAGUACCACGGCCCGGAAUUCUUACGCUCUUCUGGGCUGGAACUGUGGGUAUGCCUUCGCGAGCAAGAUCAUGUACGGGGUGUUGUACGCGAUAUCACCAGAAGUGUUUCCUGCGAAGGACCGUGGUACCGGCAACGGCCUAACUGCCACUGCCACGCGUAUAUUUGGCAUUAUCGCCCCGGUCAUUGCGCUUUAUGCUAACCUCUCCACGGCGGUCCCCGUUUAUGUAUCGGGAGCGCUGAUCAUGGGGAGCGGAGCGCUUGCGCUGCUACUCCCGUACGAGCCGAGGGGCAAAGCGUCCAUAUGACCCUGGGGCUAAGGUAAGCUUUCUUGUAGAAUUCUCGUAUUCUAGAGCUAGUUUAGUAUUGCAACACCUACAAUGGUGUAUCCAGUAUCUAGAUUGGAGAGUAUAUGAAGUGUCAGUAUAUAUCGCUUUCUUGACCCUUGCUAUUAGAGUUUGCA